UUGCUGGUUGGUUGUCAGCCAGAUGCUCGGUUACUUGCUGAAGAGGAAGGCAAACAAAAGGAAAAGCUGCAAAAUAACAAAGAAAGAGAUAGGAGAGAACAGCUGGAAAAAGCUUAUUUGAGAGGAAAACAUGCCUUAAAGAUGGUUCAACUGGCAAGAGACAAAGAAAAGUUAAUGAAAGAGCUUGAACAGAUGCAGACUAUUGACCUUGCCCACAGAAGGCGGAUUGUAGCCCAGAUGCCGCCACAACUAUUUGAACCAACUUAUAGACGUGUGGAAAUCAAAGAAGAAUGGCAGAGGGAGCUGGAGUGUGCCUUUGAAGACAUGUAUACUGGAAAUAUGAAAAUGAAAGGAGACCUUAUUUUGCAUCUCGAUCCACAGCCUUUGCCAGCUUUGUCUGAUGGAUCUCAAGAUGAUGAACUAGAACUUUCCCAGGAACCAGAAUCUGUAUGUGAGUUGCCUCGAAGAUUGGCAGAUGAGAUGAAGGACAGUGAGCCAAGUGGUAGUGAAGUGGAAAAGUCAUGCCAGCCUCCAGCAAAAUUAGCUCUAAAAAAAUUGCUAAACAAGAUAAGGAGCCAAAAAGACAACUGGACAUCAAGAUGUGUGUCAGAGACUCAAAGUGACAUUGGGACAAUUGAGUCAGGGACCAUUCCUAGUAGACAGGAAAAGAUGGAUGAAUUAGAAUCUGUGCCUGAACCUGAAUCCAAGUAUGAUCCUGCUUCUGAACCUUCUGGAGAGUUUCCAGAAAUACCGAACCAAACUAUUGUUGCUGGAAAUGCAUUUACAAAACAUGCACAAGAACAAACCCCUAAAAUUAGAAAAGAAUCAGAAAGAUCCACACAGACAGAGUGGCAACAACAGCAGCAAACAGAAGAGCAGAAAAUACAGCUAGAAGUUGAUUUUCUGAAGGCUGAAGUGCAGCACCAGGAGCAGGAAGCCAAGACACAGCAAGAAAAGAAAGAUCAAGAAUGUCAAACAGAACGAAAUGUUUUCGAUUCUCUUGUGCAUCAGAAACAGGAAGCAGAAUACAAGACUGACAUUGCCUCAGAGCCACAGGCAGCCUACUUUUCUAAAGAGGAUGACCACCUAAAGAGGAUUUAUGAUUGUCAGCAACGUCUGCUAAUGCAAAACAGGAUGCAUCAAGAAUCAGUCGAUGAAGCCAGAAGACACUUAGAAGACUAUCAGAAUAAACUCAAACAGAGAUUCCAGUCAGUUUCCAUAGCAUUGUUAAAUCCUGUAAACAGACUUGCACACCUAAAUUCUCUUCCUGAACCAUUAUCACAAGCACAGGAGUUUGAUCAAUCACAGAGAAUUAAACUAACAGCUUACAAGCCAUCCGAGAAUGCUUCUGUUCAAGAGCUGGGGCCAUCAGGGCAGGAAAACAAAGAGCAGGGGCUUGAGGUUGCCAGUGACAAGCAAGCCCAGCCCAGUGUUGACUCUGAAAGGCAAGUGCAGGUCAAUCAAGGAGGUUUUCAUUUGGCACAAGGAUCCUUUUCACAUCAAGAGAAGGAAAAACUGGAUGCAGUAGGAACACCUGUGGUGCAGUCAUUGGAAUUUCACAGGAUUCCUGAAUCACUAUUGCCAAAACCUGAGGAUACCUCUGCUACAACCCAGCCUGUUGCUCGCAUUCAAAAUGUCCAGUUCACUUUCCCUGCAGGUGAUUCUCCAGAGCGUUCAGAAACCCUCUUGUCUGAAACAUCCACGCCUGACAAACCUCUAGCUGAAAAGAUUCUUCUGCCAACGUUCCUAAAGCACCAAGAUACUCCUAAAGAGAGUAGAAUAAACAUAGCUUCUAACCAGAACCACCAUCUUCCAUUGCAUUCGAUUUCUUCCUCACCAUAUCCUAUAAUGGGUAAGACUGAGGGUAUCCAGGAAUCCUCAGCAUUGAAAAUAGGAAGUGGAGUUUUGUCCAAUUGUUCUGAUAUAGUGGAAUUAAAAGAUAGACUGCUGGCUUCCUCUGAGAGCAUUGAAGCUCAGCAGGAGCACUUGAAAGACCUGCAGGAGCAACUAGAUGAGCAACGGAAAACCCUUCUGUUUCGCCAGAAGAUACAAGAAGAUUUACUCCUGCAGAAGCAUGCCCAGCUGAAACAACAAAUGGAGCAACAGCAAGAAGCUUUGAAAGAGAUUAUUAAACGGGCAGCACAGUCAAGGUCAUGCAGGGAGAUGACAGAGGAAAAUUCUGGCAGCUUCAGCCUGCUGAGCGUGCUUCCUAAUGAAGCAAAAGAUGACAACCCAAACCAGGUUCAUUCUAGUGACAUGAACAACCGUGCGGAAAAUAAUUUUUUGUUUCAAAAAGUUAACUCAAUGGAACAAACAGGGCCGUUUCAGAGCAUGUGGACUAGAGAAGAGAAACAGAGACUUUCAAAACCACCUUUGGUCAAAGUAAAGCCAGGGCUUGAUUUGGAGCAGCAUGAACUUAGUGCUAUACUAGAACUUGACACACCAAAGAGUGAUGUAUAUUCCAGCACAGGAUACAAACAGCAUCUUACUGGAGAUAUAUUCCUCACUCCCAAAGCUGAUAAACUACAGUCCAGUAAAAGCCCAACUGAGUCUUUAGAGGAAGAAAUAGAUCUACUAAGAAUUAUUUCUAUAGCUGAUGAUAAAGAACUAGAUUCUGGUGAAAGCCUGAAGCAUAUGCAUGGAUUGUGCUAUGAUAAGUUGAUGGGGAAAGCUAAUGGUUUGUAUGACUCAGUCCACUCCAAAGAACUUACUUCUGUAGAUCAAAGUUUAUCAAAUAAUCCUGCUGAUAAUGGAAGAAUAGUUGCGUGUCCUGAUCCAUCAUUGAGGCCAAAUAGCCAAGUAACACUUUCACAUGCUUGGUCCCCUGGUUUGUUACCGGCAACAGCUUGUACACAGCAGGUAGCUAAUGGCUAUUUUUCUUCAACAACUCCCUCUGCUGCCAACUUCAUAAAAAAUUACAACCCAGACAGUAAUCUUGGUGGUACAGAGUCAUGUUCAACCAGGCCACGGUCCAGCUUUUUCUGCUUUCCAGCAAAGGAGGACUCAACUUCUGCUUCAUUUCUACAAAAACCUUCUCAAACUCUUCCCAAUUCUUGCCUCUCUUUUCAAGAAAAGGAUUCUGAUGGAAGCAAAAUCCAGCAAAUAAUAGACAAAUAUAGAAGAGAUUUCCGCUGGUCAUCUCUGAGUAGUGUAUCUUCUUUCCAUGAUCCAACUGUUGGGCUUGAUACUACUGAUAUUGAGAGAAAUUUUCCAAAUUUCCACCGUGAACUUUUUCAGCCUUUGAAACCGAAUUCUGACUUUGAUAUCUCCUCAGCUCUUUCUCAGUGUAGAAUAUCUCACAACAGCAAAGACUUAAGCAAGGUUUCAGAUUUAACUAAGAGUCAAGAUGUAACAGCUUCUACCUUAGAAGAAGGAAGCAACAGUAUUUUAUUUCUUAGCAGAGGAAAACUAAGCAGUUCUCAGCUGAAGGAACAGAGUGAUGAGAGGAUAAACCAGCCAAUGCAAGCUUUUCAACCAGUUGCUGAAGAAUUGUCUGAACACCUGCCUCUGGAAACUACCUUGCACAAGAGUUUUGGUAAACCUGGAGCCUUUCAUUUCAAGCCUGAACAAAACCUUGAACUAAGCAGACCUAUUGAGAACAGUGUAAUUAUUUCACCUGAGACUGUACCAUGUGAGGAGCUGCAAGAUGACAGCGAGUCUCGUUUUUUCUGUUCUUCCGUUGAAAAUUUUUGCAGUCUUAGUCCAGUUGAAGAUCAAACCUCCAUUUACCAGGUGAUUCCAGGUUUUGGCACAAGGAAAAAUACUCAUGGGAGGACAGUAUCAGCAAAAGAGGAGACUAACUCAAGAGCAGAGGGUCUCUGCUUUGUUGAACUAGCUAUGACAUCAUCCGACAAGAACAGUGAAAUGGUGACCAGGAACAGACUGAUAAAUGAGGAUGUAGAAACUGACCUCGCACAGCAUACUUUAAAUUCCACGCAAGAACAGAGUUUUCUAAGAUCAAAGGUAAUGCUGAAUUGGCCUCAAGAAAUUAACUCCAGUAUCUCUGGCAGUCCCUUGCAGAAUUCUGUACAAGAAAGUAUCAGUCGGCUUGCAGUGUUUCCACAACCAAAUAUGGAUAUCAUCCAGGCUAGAAGCUUAGAUUCCCGUUUGUCACAGUGCGAUAUACCUGUUUGGGAGACCCUUACAGGAAGAGGCAUUAUGGAAGAAUCUGAACUGACACUAAUAAGUUCUAAUGACAUCAGCAUUGCAGAAUCAGAGCUUUUGCAUGGUGAUCAUUCUGAAGUUAGAAACUGUCCCCAGAGCAGAGGAUUUUUCCCAUUAAACCCAGAAGUGGAGGAAUUUUGCACCCAGCUAGGCUAUCCAUCAGUAACUCCAAGCUCCAAAAAUGAUUCGGAUCAAAAAUCCAAGCCAGGAGGAAUAAUAUUGUCAGAGCUUGCACCUGUCCAUGGCAGCCUGCAGGAAUCAUUUCUGAAGCGGAAGAAAGAUUUCAUUGAGAGAUCUUUGAAAAGGAUGGAGAAAUUAAAAAAUCGAGAGCGAAGUUUUGAAAAGACUCAGACUAAGGCAUCUCAACUGAAAAAAACACAACUCCAUAAACGAAAAGAGAACUGGACACCUUCUGGUGCAGCUGUUAAUCGUUUGAAGAAAGUGGAAGAAAAAGGGUGCUCUCCAGCUGAGAGGAAAGUGGCGGCAGUACAGAUGCAGCAGCGGACUUCAAGAUUGUAUAAUAAUCUAUCAGAAGUGAAAAACAGAAAGGAAGAGAAAGACAGAAGAGAAAAUUAUGCCAGGAACAGGGAAAGAGCAAAAGAAUUUCAAAAGAAAACAUUGGAAAAACUACGAGCCAGAAAAACCAGUCUGAAAACCUAGCAUUUUGCAGACAUCCCACUUAUUUAUAUUUAUCAAGGAGACCUCAAAUACAUGAAAUUAUGUGGCAGGAUUUGAGAUAAUCCACAUUUGGUGUGGACAUACUGGGAAAUCGCCCAGGGUUGUAUAGACCAUUUGUCACCCAUUCUCUCCAAUUAUGGCUUUUCAACUCAAGAUUUUUAUUUUCAAAUGUCACAAGUCUUUGCUUUUUGUACAAUUUUAACUAUUUAUAAUAAAUUUUUAUU